AUGACAAUGGCUGAAGGGGAUGUGUUGCUCGCAAAGGACCCUGAAGGUUCUGAGACAUGUACAGCUGAGGUCCCUACAGUGAAAGACAUAGAGCAGCUUUUGAAUACCGGAUUAUCUUCUUGUAACCACACUGAUGAAGUAUGGCCUAACCUCUUCUUAGGAGACCUAGUUACAGCUCACAACAGAUUUGGUUUAUGGAAGAUGGGCAUUACCCACGUUUUAAAUGCUGCCCAUGGCACAAUGUUUUGCCAAGGAGGCCAAGACUUUUACGGCACUACCAUUGAUUACUAUGGCAUACCAGCCUAUGACCUUCCAGACUUCGACAUAAGCCAAUACUUUUUCUCUGCAGCAGAGUUUAUACAUAAAGCCUUGAACACACCAGGAGCUAAAAUUUUGGUGCACUGUGCGGUUGGAAUAAGCAGGUCAGCUUCUUUGGUGUUGGCAUAUCUCAUGAUAAAUCAUCACCUCCCGUUGAUCAAAGCCAUCAAAGCAGUGAAGGAACAUCGAUGGAUUUCACCCAAUAGAGGGUUUCUAAAACAGCUGCGAAAUUUGGACAUUCAGCUACGGCAAACAAGAGGCUGUUGAUCAGUGAAUAGAUCCAAAAUAUCUUUAAGUCACUUUUUAAAUGUCUAGGAAUGUUCAUGAAGAUUUGGUCUUCAGAAUCAUUGUACUUAUUAAAUGUAUCUAUUAGCAAUACACAUUGGCAACAA